AUGGGCUCAUUCAGGGCUGUGGAUGGAUCAACGCCCGCACAGUUUGCCGCAAUGAAGGGACAUCUGCGCGCAUUGGCGAUACUCUAUCGCAAUGUCGAUAUUAGUAUUUACUGCUGCGUUGGAGGAUUUAAUGCAUACGAAUUUCUUAAAAGUUUUACGAAGCGCGAGGAAAGCGAGAAAUUACCCUGCUUAUCACGAAUUUAUGCUUGUGUUGACAACAGUAAUGUGUCUUUGGGUAUUGCUUAUGGGAAAUGUACUAAAUAUCCUGUUCCCGUGCAGUUUUUUGAUGAACCUAACUUCGGAAAGGAAGUUACACAGGUUUCUUUUGGGAAAUAUCGUGCCAUUUACUUAAGUGAUGGGCGAGCAUAUUCGUGUGGUUUAGGAAGAUAUGGCAAAUUGGGUCAUGGGGACGAAAAAGACCAGUUAGAAAUACGGGGUAUAAAAUUUUUGGAAACAAUCGUUUGUGUUUGUGCUGGACCGACACAUUCAGUCGUAUGUACUCGUAAAAAGAUCAUAGAAUUCGGGCUGAACAAUAAGGGACAACUAGGAUUGGGUACAAAACAGCUUGUGUUAACUCCAACAGUGGCUAAAUCUUUUAAAGAAAAUUCUGGUUACAUUAUUGACUGUUCAACAGCUGAAUCACUAUCUGUGAUCAUCAUGAGUAAUUUCGAUUUCUACGUUACUGAGACAUCAAAUGGUUUCUUAUGGAAAAGAUAUUCAGGAAACAUAUUUAAACAUGUUGAAAAUAAUUACGCACACCGAACAUCAUCCAUUUCGGUCACAGAUUCAUCUUUGGUACGUAUCUACGCUAAGGAGGAUACAUCGAAGAUAACAAUCAAUGUUGAUGGUGAAAACUAUUACAUCACUAGUUCCGUACUCAUUACUCGAUGCAUUGGAAUUUGUUAUACUCCAGCGUUGGGUGCUCUAUUUUUUGAAUAUCAUGGUCUUGUUCGACCCGUAUACUUCUAUAGCACUUUAAUGAAAAGAAGCAUAAUCGAGGUGGCAAGUGCGGAUGUUACUCGAGAUGGACAGAUAAUCAUCGUUGACUACGAAAUGUUUACGAAGGAAACUUGGCAAAUUACACGCUUUGUUUGGACCCAUAUUUCUGCAACAGUAACGACAAUUCGUCGUGGGAUACUACUGAUCAUAUAA